AACUUCAGGUUAUAUUUCGUUGUAUUAAAAUUAGAAGAAGAAGUAAUAGAAAAACGAAACAAAAGCAAAGAAACGUCAAAAUAAAUCGACCUAAUUGAAUGCUCGUUGUUAUUGCAAUAAUUUACACGUCCAAAAUAUAAGAAACGUGUAAAUGUCAUCCGGUUAUUUGUUCAAAUGUAGUUUACGAGAAGGAAUAUACUGUCGUUAUGGAGGAUAGUUUAAGUGUAAAAUCAAAUGAAUCAAUAGCUACAAGUGACGAAUUCGAUUUCGUUUGCGAUAAGCCAGGUGUUAGUAAGACACCAACAUUGGAUAUUAGAAACGGAGAUAUUAAUACAUUAGCAAACGCCAUGACUGAGGUUCUAGAGGAGCCUGGAGUACCAGGUUUCAUAGAGGAUACAAAAAUUGUGGGCCAGUCCAUGUUCUAUAAUGUAGCUGAUUCUACUCAACCAUCUCCAACAGAGAAACAGGAUGAUAUGAAACCAGAUUACAGUGAUGAAGAGGUGUCUGAUGUAGAUCAGGACUGCACAAUUUUCAGUGGCGUUACAUACUUGGGGGCAGCUGCCAUCAAUGCGCCCAAAUCGGAAUCCGAGAUAUUGAGGAACAUGGCUAUCUUAAAUGAACAGAGUAUUGAUAACGGCAUCAAAAUAUCAGUAUCCGUACCAUGCUCAUCUCAAGGAAUCGUCGUGCUGUACGACGCGAUUACGAAUUCCGUGAUUGCACGAUAUGAAAUUCACAGGAUUCUUUUCUACGCACGCGGCGUAAUUGAUUCCGCCGAGGCUAGCUGUUUUGCGUUCACUUGGUCGCAUGGUGACACCCAGGAAUCUGCCAUAUUCCAGUGCCAUGUAUUUCGUUGCGAAAUCGCUGAAGCCGUCACUAGAGUGUCCGGUAUUAUCGCAUGCUUCUCCAAAGCAUUCCAAAGAAAUGUUUCAAGAUCUAUGACUAGUUCCGUCGCAUCAGCUGCUGAUAUGAGUGCUUCAAUUACUACGCUUUCAGAUGCCCGUAGUCUCAUGUAUGUUUUUGAAGUCAGUCUAGAAAUCAAAGAAGAUGAAGGAAAGGGAACUUUUUCGACGGUUAAUAAGGAUCGGAGCGGGUUCAAACUACGGAUGAAUCUGGAAAAGAUGUUGUGCUUGAACAUUCGGCAGGUCUCCGAUAAUGGUCCACUCUUAAACAUAGAACGGUGCUUCGGUGUUCUUAUUGCUGCUGGUAGGCAUGUCCGUCAUUCUGAUAUGCAGCUGUUGGAAAUGGUCCAGACGGGAACUUCCAAUAAUUCCGAUCGAAACAGCUCGAUGAUCUCUGCCUCUUGGGAUCCGACUGAGGCACCUUUCCAAAGUCUUAAUAUCGAGACACCGAAGGAAUCCCCUAAACAGUACAUGACUGUAGCAGUUGACCUUGUGAUCCGGGGAAUCCAAGAACCCGUCCGCUUUCAGAUCGAGACUCCGGUCAAGAUAUUGAAUCAACAUGAACGAUUUUGGUUAUUCCAAAAGAGAUCACUCAUCCAACAGUUCUAUCUCAACCUUAAAGAGAUUGUGAACGACGGAUCAGAUCUGGUCUACGAGGUAGUCAGUAUGGACACAUCCGGGGAAUUGGAUAGGAACAGAUUAAAUCUCACAUUAAACCUCACCGGUCUCAUUCCAUCACCGAGCAUCACCUCCAUUGACACAAUUACACCAAAAGAUGAAUGUCUCUCAGACGGAGACGAACCUCUGCUCAGUGGAACCGGUCUAGUGUCGAAAGAUUGUUCGGAGGAUGUUCUGGAAAAUUGGGCUGAUGUCUUGAACAAGUGGAAGGCAACCAGGCAGAGACCGAAGCAGUUGUCCGGUUUGGUCAAAAUGGGUAUACCGGAAGCUCUUCGGGGUGAGGUAUGGCAACGAUUAGCCGGAACAGAGGAGAACAUUCAAAUGAUGGAAACCUAUCGUAUUCUAAUCACCAAGGAGAGUUCUUGCGAGAAUGUCAUCCAGCGGGACAUAGCUAGGACUUUUCCGGCGCACGACUUCUUCAAGGAAGCUGGAGGGCUCGGACAAGAUUCCUUGUACAGAGUCAGCAAAGCUUACGCUGUUUACGACGUCGAAGUUGGCUAUUGCCAGGGCCUCAGCUUUUUAGCUGCUACAUUACUUUUACAUAUGCCUGAAGAACAAGCGUUUUGUGUGUUGGUCCGUCUCAUGUAUGACUACGGUUUGAGGGACUUGUAUAAGGACGGCUUCGACAAUCUCUACCUUAGGUUGUAUCAGCUGAACAAGCUCAUGGAAGAGCAACUGGGUCCUCUGUACCAACAUUUUACAGAUCACCAUGUCGAGACGCACAUGUUUGCCUCACAAUGGUUCCUCACCUUAUUUACUGCUCGUUUUCCGCUCUUCUUCGUAUUCCACAUUAUCGAUGUGUUCUUGUUACAAGGGAUUGACACACUAUUCCAAGUCGCUCUAGCUUUAUUGAUGAUGUGCAUGAAAGAUCUGCUCACCUUGGAUUUCGAAGGAAUUUUGAAGUAUUUCCGGGUAUCCUUGCCGAAGAAAGUGCGCACCGAGGAGUCCGCCAAACAGUUGCUGAAGUACGCAUGCAGUAUUAAAGUUAAGAAGUUGAAGAAAUACGAGAACGAUUUUAUUACGCUAAAAGACGGCUGGGACAUUAUCAUGUUGGAUUCAGAAGCAGAGAUAAUGCAGAACGAGGCUAGCGAAGUGGAGCAGCUACGGUUAGUUGUAUCCAGACAGGACGACGAGAGGAAAAUGAUGAUGGACGAGAUCGCCCAGCUGAAGGAGAUGCUUAAACGUGAGGUCACCCAGGCGGAGGACGACAUGAAACUGAAGACUGCCAUCAUUGAUGACUACAAGCUCGUCCGACAACGACUCGACUCGCAAUUGAACGCAGUUAAAGCAGAGUUAGAUUUACUUAAGAGUAAGAUAACAAAAUGUACCAAUUGUCGUAGUUUUGUCGAAACCAAAGGUGAUAUAAAGAAAACGUCCAACGUGAUAGAUGACACGAUGUCCGGUGAUAGGAUUAGGGAGUUGGAGCUUCAAUUAGCCAAAGCAAAGCUGGCCCAAGUCGAGGCUGAAUGCAAGAAUCAGGACUUAACUCAUCAACUAAGAUCAACGGAGAAUGAACUUAGCAGUGCUAAGAACACUUGGCUCAGCAAAACUCUUUCUUCCAUAAAGGAGGUGGCUAACAAGAAAGACUUUGUCAACUUUCCCUAUUCUCAUACCAAUAUACCGAACGGUCCAUCGUUCAUUUCGCACAUCAAAUCUAUGAGAAGGGACAGCGCCCCUACGAAUACAAAUUGCAGUUAUUACGAAGUAACUCCAGAACCAUCUUCAGCCACGGGGGUGGUAAUCAAGGAUUCCCAAAGCUGCAGCAGUUUGAAGACACAUCAUUAAGGAUCGCAACAAAUCCUUUUGCUGAUACUGUCGUCGUUGCCGUUCACUAACCAUAUUUUUUUUGACUGAUUUAUUUAAUCGAAUACUCUCUAUGAUUAUCUCUCAGUUUAUUAUUUUAAUCGUACUUAUACAAUAUAUAUUGUGAGCAAUAUUCAAAUUCAGGCCAUGUUUUUGCCAUAUACUUUACGUUCUCUGUAUCAUUUCUAUUACAGAUUUUAGGGGUUGAUUUUAGCGGAGCAUAUUUUAUAUACACGUAUAUUGUUAGAAUGAAUAGUGUUGAGACAAGAGAAAAAGGGAUGAUAACAAGUACUUUCCCUAACUCUGUAAGAGAAAUGAACAAUUUUAAUUUUGUUAGUCACGUGAAGGUUUAUAUAGAUAUGUACAAAUCAAGUAAACAAAGAUUGAGAUAUUAUUGAAUUUCCCUCCUUAUAGAUGGAAUACACUUUUUGAAUAUUAUUAUCAAAGAUAAUUAUGCUUACUGAAAAAAAAAACUAUAGUCGUAAUACAGAUGUAUGUGGAGUAGCACUGAAGAUGAUAGCUUUACGUGAUAGUUGGUAUAUGUAUAUAAAAGAAACCUUGUAAGGUUCUGUUAUGCUGAUUAUUAUUUUUAAUUUUUUUUAUGAAUGUCCAUUAUUCAGUCAGUUACAUUAUAUUGGAUUUCGUGUAUAAGUUAUUAUUUUAUUGGAUAUUAU